AUGGGGUUGAGCAUUAUAUUCCCCCGGUGUUCACGUGCGUGCUGCCUGAACUCCGCGAAGCUGUCCGUCACUAGAGAGAAGUUCGCGGGCAUGGAGCGCCUGAGCAUUGUGCAGCGCUCGAACAGCGCCUGGGCCUCUCCACUUCACAUGGUGCCCAAAUCGGAUGGACGGUGGCGGCCAUGUGGGGAUUUUCGGCGUUUAAAUAACGUUACGGAGAAUGACCGUUACCCCAUUCCACACAUUCAGGACUUUUCCGCCCACCUUGCUGGUACCUUGGUGUUUUCAAAAAUUGGCCUGGUGCGCCUGCCUUUCGUUUUCAUCUACCUGGACGAUAUACUGGUGGCCAGUUGUUCGAUGAGCCAGCACGAGUCUCAUCUGUACCAGGUUUUCCAGCGUUUGGCGGAGUAUGGACUGAUCAUCAACCCGUCUAAGUGUCAAAUCGGAUUACCAGUCCUGGAUUUCCUGGGGCACUACAUUUCUGCUGACCGUGUGGUUCCAUUAGCUGCCUACCUGUGGAACCUUUCUACUGGUUGCCUGCGACCGGUCGUUCCCCUUUCGUGGCGCCGUUGCGUUUUCGACUCCAUCCACGCCCUCUCUCAUCUGGGCGUAUGUGCUUCAGUCAAGCUGGUCAGCACCAGGUUCAUUUGGCCGGGCCUGCGGAAAUUGACCAUGUGCAUGUCGAUCUGGUCAGCCCUCUUCCGCAGUCACAGUCACGCACCUUUUGACUGUGGUGAAUCGCACGACCAGGUGGCUGGAGGCGGUCCCCCUGGCCUCCACGACGGCAGAGGCGGUGGCCAGGGCUUUCGUGUCGACAUGGGUUUCGCGUUUUGGUCCCCCGCUGACAUUACCUCAGACAGGGGCCCCCAGUUCUUUUCGGAGCUUUGGUCUGCCAUGCUGACGGCCUGGGGGUCAAGGUCCACCUCACCACGGCAUAACGGCAUGUGUGGUGGCCCACCAGUGGGCUCCACUCACACCCAGGUCGGGAGGAGGGAAAGGACUGAGAAGCAGAAGGAGCUCGAGGUGAGACGACUAAACAUCCAGCAGAGAAUCCAGGAGCGAGAGAAAGAUGUGAAGCUGCUUCAACAGGAGGUGGAGGCCAUCAAUGGCUCUGCUGAUAAAGCAGUGGAGGACAGUGAGAAGAUGUUCACUGAGCUGAUCCGUCUCAUCCAGAAAAGAAGCUCUGAUGUGAAGCAGCAGGUCAGAUCCCAGCAGGAAACUGAAGUGAGUCGAGUCAAAGAGCUUCAGGAGAAGCUGGAGCAGGAGAUCGCUGAGCUGAAGAGGAAAGACGGCGAGCUGGAGCAGCUCUCACACACAGAGGAUCACAACCAGUUUCUACACAACUACCCCUCACUGUCAGCACUCAGUGAGUCUACACACUCAUCCAGCAUCAAUAUUCGUCCUCUGAGCUACUUUGAGGAUGUGACAGCAGCUGUGUCAGAGACCAGAGAUAAACUACAGGACCUUCUGAGAGAGGAAUGGACAAACAUCUCACUGACAGUCACUGAAGAGGAUGUUUUACUGUCACCACCAGAGCCAAAGACCAGAGCUGAAUUCUUAAAAUAUUCACAUGAAAUCACACUGGAUCCAAACACAGCAAACACACAUCUGUUAUUAUCUGAGGGGAAGAGAAAAGUAACAAGAAUGAAACAACAACAGUCUUAUUCUGAUCAUCCAGACAGAUUCACUUAUUACUGUCAGGUCCUGAGUAAAGAACGCCUACCUGGACGUUGCUUCUGGGAGGUAGAAUGGAAUGGGAAAGGGGUUUAUGUAGCAGUAGCGUACAAGAAUAUCCCCAGAGAAGGAAAUUCAAAUGAAUGUUUUUUUGGACAUAAUAACAAAUCAUGGGUGUUACAUUGUGAUACAAACGGUUAUAAAUUUUGGUACAAUCAUGUCCCAACUGACCUCUCAAGUCCUCAGUUCUCCAGAGUAGGAGUGUAUCUGGAUUACAGUGCAGGUAUUCUGUCUUUCUAUAGAGUCUCUGAAACCAUGACUCUCCUCCACAGAGUCCAGACCACAUUCACUCAGCCGCUCUAUGCUGGACUUUGGCUUUGGUUAGAAAGAGAGACUGCAGAGUUAAACUCAAGAGACAGCAGGCUCCAACCUUCCCUAUAG